AUGAAGUGCGGUACCGGAAAAGACUCCGUUAUACUGCACGUUGCAGUUGUUGGAUUCCAUCAUAAGAAGGGAUGUCAGAUAGAGUACUGUUAUCCGCCACUUAGUGAUGACGGUAGUGUACCGUUAUUAUGGCAGAAUCUUCCAACGUUAGCACUUCCUGAUGGUGCACAUAAUGUGGAACAAGAUAUUAUUUACUUCCUCCUACCCUCGUUGGAUAAUCCCAAUCGGACAGUGUUCGGAAUAUCAUGUUACCGACAGAUUCAAGCCGAAGAAUUGAUCAAUAGACCAAAUGAAGUAACCAGGAAUACUGUCCAGAAAAGCGUUUGUGUGAUAUCUACAUUACCUUUAUUUGGCGUACUUACUGCCAAGCUAGAAUUAAUUACCAGAGUUUAUUUUAAUGAAAGAGAUUUUGAGAAGGUGGAGGUUUUGUCACAGAUGUAUAGCAAUUUGUGUGACUUAUUCACCGUCGAUAACAUAGAUGAAGGAGCCGCUUCAAUGGAUAUUUCUACAAGAUCUCUCAUAAUAUGUUUUAAACACCGUUUCUUAACAUUGCUCAAACUUCUCUUGCUCGAAAAAAGAGUAAGUUGCGAUUUAAAUAUAUUUGGUUUUCGAAACCAGGGUGCGCUCUUUCAUCCAUACUUGAGUAUCAGCUAUCUUGACGUUAUACGUUCGGUGAAUACUCGUGCUUAUUGUAUAGGAGCAACAAAUGCACUUUUUGUGCAACGUCGAGACACUAUCGAUGUUAUUGUUACGAUCAGUGAGAGUGGAGAAGGUGUCAUUGAUAUAGUAAAUGACGAACUAAAGAAGACCUUGUCACUGACAGCAGCGGAUUUACGUUUUGCCGACUUCAUAAUAAAAGGAGUUCAAGCAAAUAUUAGUGCGGCAGAUUGGGAUGGUAGUGAUGACUGGGUUCGGCUUCAGACUCGUGCUUACUUACUGUCAUUGAUUGCUUCUGCGAGAAGUAAUCUUAAAGAAGUAUGUGCUGAUUUUAAUGACUCUUUUAUUGCCGAGUGGAAGUUAACUAAUAACUUCCGAAUUUGGUCGAGUGGCGACUAUCCGGAUCUCUCUAGUACUGUUCCUGGUCAUCCUUUCGCGGGAGCGACCGGAGUGUCAGACGUACUUCUCAAAGUUCAACAUUCGGGGAUUCCUGACGGAGGAAGGCGUCUGCUGACUGCUGUCACUUCUACAGGGAAAUAUUUUUCUGAGAGGGGUAUGAAAGUGAAAUCAAGUAUUUCUUCAUGGUUUCAGGGCAGUGGGACAUCAAAAACAGGUGCCUCGUAG